UAGAGAGAAAUAAAAAAAGGAAAGUACCGAAAAAACCCAGCGGAGCCAUGUGCUUUUCCUCUUCUCCACUUCUCCCUCCAACUCGCCACUACUCCUGACUCGGUACCCCUUCCCGCCGACGAACGAGUCAUCUCCUCUCCCACAACACAAAUGGCCGAGUCGCGCCGCCGGCAGCGGCGGAGCUCGUGGUGUUGCUCCAUCACUCAUCCUCCCUGCAAAAGCCCCGACUACGGCCACGCCCUCCCAUCCUCCAACCCCAAGCGCAAGCCCAGGCCCAAGUCCGAGUUCCCUUCGAAGACCACGACUCGCUCUCACUCGCUCCCGUACGACUCGCCUCAGAGCUUGAAAUUGAGCUUCGUCGGCAAGAUUGACCCCCGCAAGAUCCUCUCCCCUGGCCGGGUCUCCCCAAUCGACUCCGAUCCCACCGCCGGGGAGCUCGUGGUAUCCGCGGGGUCGACGGGGAUGGCGGCCGAGGAACAACUCGCUGCCGCCGCCCUUCCGGCGGCGGCGGAGGAGGAGGAAGUGGAAUGUGCGAGAUCCGUGAGGUCUGCUUCCUUCCGAGGAAGGAACGAUGGUGGUGGAGGAGCGCUGGUGUGUGCUCCCGCCGAGGGCUCCAGUGCCGGCUCGGGUUCGGGUCAUUUCGGGUUGGAUCCGGGCGGCAGCGGGGAUUCGUUUGACGUGAGGUUGAAUUUGAGAGGGAGGAGAGGCGGGACGAUGGUGCUGGAGAUGAGCUCCGAAGUUUUGAUGGCGAACUCGGAGGUCUUGGGGGAGCUGGUGGCCGAGUACAGGAAGGGUUUGCACAAGGUGAAUCGGAGUAACAGUAAUGGUAAUGGUGGUGGGAGUAGAUCGAUGAAGGUUUGUCGAAUUGAGGUCCCUGAUGUGGAGAACCUCGGGGUUUUCAGAGAUACGAUUGAGUUGAUGUUUGAAGACGACAUUACUUCCAAGCUCUUGAAGCGUGGGGCUUAUCGCGCAAUUUCUAUUCUUGAGGUAUCAGCUGAUCUUAAAUUCAGCCGAGGCGCCUUAUCGUGCUUGAACUACCUUGCAGCAGUACCUUGGACGGAAGAGGAAGAAGAAAAGCUCAGACUCCUAAUGAACAUCCAUAAGUUCGAUGAAGCAGCAACUCGAGACAUUGUAGACAGACUUUAUGUUCAGGAAUCGAGCGAGGACUCACAAUGGAGUUUGACCAAGCAACUUCUCUGGUCAAUCACCUCUUGCGCCGAUCCAUUUGCGAGAAAUGAGUUGAAAGCUCUGGUAAAGGGGCUUGUCUCCAAGAGCUCGGUCUAUGAUAAACAACAUCCUGGCCUGAACAAGGCAGAUGUGUAUGUUAUCUGCCAGAGCUGCCUCGAUUCCCUAGCCUGCCUCUUUGACGAGGCAUCAUCAUCAGUACAGCCUAAAACCGACACUAUACUAGCCAAAAAGAAAACAUCAGCUGCUACUAGGCCUGUGGUCGAGAGGAUUUCGAUGCAGGUCGACAACAUCAACUGGCUUUUAGAGAUCCUGCUCGAGUGGCAGAUGGCUGAGGAGUUCGUCGACAUGUGGGGUAACCAAGAAGAACUCGAAAAGCUCCACGAGGGAGCUUCGCCAUUGUUUAGAUACGAGCUCAGUAGAGUCUCAGCAUCACUGUUCAUCGCCAUGGGGACCAGGAGGCUGCAUUGUCAAUUCGAAUCAAGAUCAAAGCUUUUCCAGACGUGGUUUCGUCCCAUGUUGCACAAUUUCGGUUGGAUUCAGAGGUGCAAGAAGGGUUUGGAUUUGAAGGUGUUGGAAGAAGCAAUCGGUCAGUCGCUGCUCACACUUCCCCUGGCGAUGCAGCACGAGCUGUUCAUGGAGUGGUUUAGUUACUUCUCGAAGCAUGGGAACGAGUGUAUAAAUCUCGGGAAAGCGUUCCAGGUAUGGUGGCGAAGGUCCUUCCUUAGAGGCUCGGAGACUCAUGGUGUCGAAUCCAGGUAAUAGUCGUUGCUGCCGCUGCCGCCCCUACUAACUAACAUGUGUUAGGUGGUCUUCCCAGGCCACGAAAGUCUCGAAUCCUAGUGUGGAAAUAACAUUUUGUGUCCUGUGUGUGUAUAAUCGCUGUGACGAAUUCCUUGUGCCCACGGAUGAAAUGGUGUGAUUCUGGUUAAUGUAGUAGUUCUUCCCUGCCCUCGAUAAUCGAUUGUUGGAUUCACGGUUUGGAUCCGUUCUUUCGUUGAUUGCUUCUUUGGAGUGUAGAGGAUGUUGAGGAUUUGUAAUUUUUGUUUAGUGUGAUUUGAAGAUGGGAUUGAAAUUGAUAAAUUCUUUCAGCAUAACUACACUACUAAUGACCUCUUUUCCCUUGUUUCCUUUUCUUUUUUUCUUGUUUGAAAGAAGGAAGCUUAGGAUUAGGCUUAGGCUUCCAAUGGCAGAACCUUCAAAUAUCAACUUCUCUACAACAUCACUGACAGUAACUUCUUUUCAUAAAUGGCAAUCAUUGGG